CCCUCCCUUCCCCCGGCGCCCGCGGGUAGGAUGGUGAUGGUGCAGCCGCCCGCAGCCCCCGAGCCGGGCCGGGGCCGCCCUCCGCUGGGGCUGAGGGGAUGAGCCGUGCCCCGCCGGGGGGUCGCUAGCGGAAGGAUGACCACUCCCGCCCUGCUGCCGCUCUCCGGGCGGAGGCUGCCCCCGCUGAACCUGGGGGCCUCCGCCUUCCCGCACCACAGGGCUACCUUGAGGCUCUCCGAAAAAUUUAUCCUGCUCCUUAUUCUUAGUGCCUUCAUCACCCUGUGCUUCGGGGCGUUCUUCUUCCUCCCCGACUCCUCGAAGCACAAGCGCUUUGACCUGGGCUUGGAGGAUGUGCUCAUUCCCCACGUGGACACCAGCAAAGGGGGCAAGAACCUCGGCGGCUUCCUUAUCCACGGGCAAGGGCACGACGAGCACCGGCACAGAGAGGAAGAGGAACGUCUGAGAAAUAAGAUCCGAGCAGAUCAUGAAAAGGCUCUGGAAGAGGCUAAGGAGAAAUUGAAGAAAUCACGGGAUGAGAUUCAAGCUGAGAUUCAGACAGAAAAGAACAAAGUAGUGCAAGAAUUGAAAAAGAAAGACAGCAAGCCACUGCCUCCUGUUCCUUUACCAAACCUGAUAGGGAUAAACAGUGGAGAACCAGCAGACCCGGAUAUCCGAGAGAAGAGGAACAAAGUCAAAGAGAUGAUGAAGCAUGCCUGGGACAAUUAUAGGCAAUAUGGAUGGGGACAUAAUGAGCUCAAACCAAUUGCCCGGAAAGGACAUUCCACCAACAUAUUUGGAAACUCACAAAUGGGUGCUACCAUAGUAGAUGCAUUGGAUACUCUUUAUAUCAUGGGCCUUCAUGAUGAAUUCAGAGAAGGACAAGAAUGGAUUGACAAAAAUCUUGAUUUCAGUGUGAAUUCCGAAGUGUCUGUUUUUGAGGUCAAUAUUCGCUUCAUUGGCGGUCUUCUAGCAGCAUACUACCUUUCAGGAGAAGAGGUUUUCAAGAUCAAAGCAGUGCAACUGGCAGGAAAACUUCUUCCAGCCUUCAACACACCUACGGGUAUACCAUGGGCAAUGGUGAAUCUGAAAAGUGGUGUUGGUCGAAACUGGGGCUGGGCUUCUGCUGGCAGUAGCAUCCUCGCUGAGUUUGGUACUCUGCACAUGGAAUUUGUCCACCUCAGCUAUUUGACAGGAGACCCCGUAUAUUACAACAAGGUCAUGCACAUUCGGAAGUUACUUCAAAAAAUGGAUCGUCCUAAUGGACUUUAUCCAAAUUAUUUGAAUCCAAGAACAGGCCGGUGGGGUCAGCAUCACACAUCCGUGGGCGGGCUGGGAGACAGUUUUUAUGAAUAUUUAUUGAAAGCCUGGCUUAUGUCAGACAAGACGGACACGGAGGCAAGGAAAAUGUACGACGAUGCAAUUGAGGCCAUAGAAAAACAUCUCAUCAGAAAGUCCAAUGGAGGACUGACCUUCAUUGGGGAGUGGAAGAACGGGCAUCUUGAAAGAAAGAUGGGCCAUUUGACCUGUUUUGCAGGGGGAAUGUUUGCCCUUGGAGCAGAUGGUUCCAGAGAUGAUAAAGCUGGACAUUAUUUGCAGCUUGGAGCUGAAAUUGCACAUACAUGUCAUGAGUCAUAUGACAGGACAACACUAAAGCUGGGCCCGGAAGCGUUCAAAUUUGAUGGUGGCGUGGAGGCGGUGGCAGUACGGCAAAAUGAGAAGUAUUACAUCCUAAGGCCAGAGGUGAUUGAGACCUACUGGUAUAUGUGGAGAUUCACCCACGAUCCCAAGUACAGGCAGUGGGGCUGGGAGGCAACACAGGCAAUUGAGAAGUAUUGCCGAGUUAGUGGUGGCUUUUCUGGUGUCAAGGAUGUCUAUUCCUCAUCUCCUACAUAUGACGAUGUACAGCAGAGCUUUUUCCUUGCUGAAACUUUGAAGUAUUUGUAUCUGCUUUUCUCCAAUGAUGAUCUUCUACCAUUAGACAACUGGGUUUUUAACACAGAAGCUCAUCCUCUGCCUGUUUUACAUUUAGCCAACACCACACUGUCAGGAAAUCCUGCAUAUCGAUAAAAACAGCUCUAUGAAGAGGAAAAGAGACUGUUUUCAGCUCUGUUUUGUUUACAUGGACCACUUGAGACUUUAAGCAGGAGAGGAGACAGACAGACACUUGGUAAACCUAGACCCCCGAGUCAAGCAAGUAUUGGCAUGGGAAACGAAGCUCUUCAACAUAUAAAUAAGUUAAAAGUUCUGUUUUAUACAUGACCAAAACACGUGAGUGUGAUUUUUGCAGGACAGAGACUUCACGCGCUUUGAACCCUGGCAAGACAUGGAAUCUACAGAUAAUAUCAGUGCAGCAGCACAAGGAAGAAGAAGCUUUCCUAUCCAGGGAGAGGAACUUGCUGCUUGCUGUUGCAAGGAGCAACACACAGUCACCUCUUCAGAUUGGGUGGGUUCCAAAUACCUAGGUUUUCUUUUUCUUUUUUUUUUUUUUUUUAUGAUGGCAUGAACAAAGCAACAACAAAAAGCAACACCACUGCACCAGCAGCAUCAGGGUUUGAAUUUCUUUCUGUACCUGUCCAAAUUUUCUAAGGAGUGUCUGUUUAUCCAGACUGGCAGCCAUUCUCAGAGCCUCUAAGCUGUUAGAGUGCAAAAAGUAUUGCCUCCUCAUUUUCCCUUUUCAAAAUAAUGUUUCUAUCCAAAAAGAAAAAUCAAUUAGUAAGCAUUUGGUUUGUAGUUCACUGUCAGCAGGGUGGGCUUAGUUCAUUUGGCAAGCUCAGCCAGAGUCUGGAGUAUAUCAUAGCAGUAGGAAGGAGCCUAAGUUUCUCUUCCUCCCAAAUUAUGUCACAUGAAAAAAACCAUUCUCUUCUUAGUCCUGGUUCUUUUAUCUAAAUAAACAGAGAUGACAACAUGAGCAUAACAGUCUCAUGAUUUAUAUAGGAGGAUACUGGAUAUGGAACUAAAAGAAGCUCCCCUUAAGCUAAGCAGCAAGAGUUUGCUGCUUUGUAUUUUUCUACACAAGCUGGAUUUUUCCUAAAAGUUUCAUUCUUUGGACUAUUCACAGAACCUUCUUUACACUUAUAUGUGUGUGUGUGUGUGUGUAUAUAUAUAUAUAUAUAUAUAUAUAUAUAUAUAUAUAUGUCUGACAGAAGCCUAAAACUACCUUUGAUUUACUUUACAAAACUUGCUUUUCUUCUGGGUGCCCCAGUACAAAUCCAACACGUUCUUUGGAAACAGCGUAACAUCUCUUACAUGUGACUGGGAAAAGAAACUGAAGAGUCUCUUCUUUCAUUAAUUUGUGAUGCUGCUACCUGCAUGGCGUUUUUUUCAAGUACUUCAUGGCUGGCUGGACAGUAUUACUUAAAUGGGGUCUUUUUCAGUCAUUUAUUUGCUAAAAAAAGUUGAAUCUUUCCAGAUUUUUCGUCUUUUCUGUUUUGUCUUCCUCAAUCUCUUUUUACUGUUGUUCAGAACCCUUACAGCUCAAAUUAUUCUUUUUAUUCUCCUAUAUAGCUCUCAAAUCUUUUUGCCAUGGUGAUUGGCCCCUUUGCUGAAAAACAGCCUUUAGGUGCUGGUUUCCCUCCUAAUUAGUGCACAGGCUGAGUCCUUAAAAAAUCUUGAUGAUGGUUUUGUACUGAAGCAAGUGGAAGAACUCUUCAGUGGACUACAGCAAAGGGAGUGAGUGCUAUUUUUCCCCUCAAAAAUGUUUUUAUAUGAAGUUUUAUACAAAAAAACUUUUUUCCAUAUCAUACUACAUCUGACCGUAGAGUUUCCCCCCAAAAUUAUUCUUCAUUUGUCUGUGACACUAACUUAGACAUAGAAAUCAUCAUAUGAUCUAAGUAAAAAUGCUAUCAGAUGCUUUUUUCCAGACAGUUACUUUAGUUUAAGAGAAGUAAAACAUGGAGCUUGGAAAAAGUUCCAGUCUCAAUGUUUGUAUCUUAAUCCCAGUUACUUUGUUACUGUAAUUUGCAGCAGUAUCUUAAGAAUAAUUUGAGAAUUUACAAAGGAAUUGAUAUAGUAAAUAGUACUGAUUUCAGUAAUUGUUUAUUUAAAAUUAGAAGUAGCUUAAUAAAUGGCUUCUUAUUACUGGCCCCACAUAAAUUUAUUUUUCUAAUUGUUAUUCAGUGACUUACUGAAGAACUAGUAAUUUUUCAUUUUCCCAAGUUCAGUUAUGUUGUGUUUUCAAAUUGUUUUUCUGAUCCUGUGAGAACUCUUACUAGUUUAAAACUGCACUUGAUUGCCUUGUUCUCCUAAAUCUCUCUGGGUGUAAAGGAGAAAGAGGAAAAGCUAACUCUUCUGUUAAAAAAAAAAAAAAAAAAGAGUUAAAAAUAAUAGAAGCAUUUCCACCCCAUACACCCAUCCCUGUACACCUCCUGAUAAAUGCAGGUGUAGAAUGGCUGCCAGUCUGUUCAGAGGAAGGUCAAGGACAGAAUUCUGGAGUCCCAGAAGCAGCAAACUUCUUAUCAUUGCUGCUCCUCCUCCAUCCCCUUCUUGUGAAUUGAAGAGGAACCUUUCAAAUUUAACUUCUCCAUGAAUCCCAGUGGGUUAACUUACUGCCAUAAGAAUGCCUGAAUUGAGGACUAAGCCAUUUCAUGUUAUGGGAUGGUGUUUUUCUCAAAGCAGAUGUACAGUACUUCUAUUUCUUUGUGUAGAUAGCAGCAGGUACCAAAUAAAGGAGACUCGUGUCUCGUUUUCCGGUUUCCCCAACAACAGUCAGUUCAUACUCCAUCACUCUUUAAAAUACCAACUAUCCUUUUCCUCCAGAAGCUAAUGAUGUGCAGAGUCUAUCAAAAAUAAUGCAUUUUAAGGACUAAUUGCUGUGUCUUUCAUAAAUUUCAUCCUGAGAUUUCCUAGAUCAAGCAGAGUUUGGAGGUAAUGGGUUCUGGGUGAGGUAUGUGCUUAAUUACCAAGCACCACAGAUGCUGAAACUUCUGACUGAAGUGAUGUGCCCUCGUUCUGAGUCCUUCACAGAAAAGUAGGUUCUGAUCUACAAAACGGCAGUAUGUGCAACCCAAAGUUCAGACUGUUUUCCCUCUGGGUACAUAAGGUACAGUGAAUAUUGCCAUUUUCAUUCUGUUGCUGCUGUCUUACUUUCUUGAAGAUAAGAGUGUAAAUUUAAGCACAAAAAAGACUUUUUAGUCCUAGCUGUUUCUGAGUCUUGCACUGUACUCUCUAACAAAACAGUCCUCAUUUUGUUUAGGUAGCUGUCCCAUUUUACAAUUUCUACAAUACCCUCUCCCCUUACAGAAUAAAAUAAAAAACAAAGUCAUGUACAUUUUUGGCACACUGGAUUUGGGCAAGAGCCUGGAAAUCCCAGAAUUGUCUGUUUCCUGUUUGCAUGUAGUCAAAACAAGGAUGUAUGGUUCUUUUCUUAUUCCAAGCCUCAAACUUGCCUGUUGGUCAGGAUCUGCCAACAGUAAAUUUUUUUUUAACAGUUAGAGCUUGACUUUUCAAAGAGGCCAGAUUUCUGCAGCUUCCAUUAACAACCCCGGAGCUGUGUGUGUCCUGCAGUCAAGAAGUCAACUUCUUAGCUUUGUCCUCUAAAUAAAAACAAAACCCUUGAAUGAUACUCUGAGUGUUAAUUUUGCUGCACAAUAUAGCCCUUAAAAGGGAAUGUUCAAGAAAAGUAUAGAAAAUAGCAAGUGCCCUGGAGCAGAAGGAAAAGCAAGUAGUUCCAUGUGCCAGUCACACCUUUGCUGUUCCUUCAUCUGCCUGCUCCAAAUUUGUGGAUCACUGUGUUCUAGCUCCCAAGCACUGACAUAUUCCCACCCAGUAUUUUAAAAGAUUUGAAUGUUGCCUGCGUUCUGAUAAGUGACAGUAAUUACACAUUCCCUGUAAUACCAUCCUUUAAGGUUAGAGGUGCACCCCCUAAGCAAAGCCCAUUGGGCUGUUGUUUAUGAUCCCCUCUUCUGUCCAUGGGAAAAUGCCAUUCCAAACCUUCAAAACGUGACUCUCCUCAGUGUGAAUGGAGAAGAGGUUGACAGCAUGAACACUGAAUCAACAGUGUGAUGGCACCCACAGAAGAUGGUGAGGCAGUCUAUGUUUUAAGGGUUCUAGGAGCAGGCUUUUGGAAAACUGAGCCUGAUAUUUACACUAUUAAGCCUAGUCCAUGUUUAUAAGGGGACAAAUAAGAAACAGGCUUCUUGAUACCAGAGAAAAAUGAAAGCAAGCUCUUGAUCCAUACUGUAGUUGGGAGAUCCGUUCACCCUGAGUAAGACAUCCCUCUUGAAUUCCUUGAAUUUUGAGAAACAGUCUUCUGACUCAAGAGUUGGAGUUGCCAUACAAAGAGGAAACCCAGGCUCUUUUGCAAGUUGUGUGCGUCCAACUGUAGCAGAGAUGAUAAGCACGAGCUGCUUCAGCUGUCAGCACCUUCUAACAAACUGCUCUGUAAUUGCCCAGGAAGGUUGGGAGCCACCAAAGUUGGAAGAGACAGCCUGACCUGUUGCAGUGAAUUGUUGCCUUUAAUCCUAAUCGCUUGGUGGAAGUUGGAUUUGCAUUCUGCCUUUAUUCUUGCUUUGUCUAAAACUGACAGAUUAUUUUUUCCUCAAAAAUAAAAAAAGGGCGAAAGUCUAUCUUCUGAUGUGGAAACCUUCUGCCUCUGACCUGGAAUCCUGCAUAUGUACUUUUUACAGAUUAAAAAAUAAUAUUGUAUAUAAAAAAGAUUGAAUAAAGAAUGUCUUUAAGUGAAAA